GAUAUUGUAGGAAGAAAAUAAUAAUUUAAACCUUAAAAGGUAAUAGAUUUCCUUUUUAAUAGGCGGGGCCUGGAUGCCCCUUCUAAUGUUUAAUAAUUAAUACCUCGAAAGUCAACUAGAAAAGUCGAUAAGCAAGUAUUUCUUUUUUGCCUUCAUUCAACACCCUAUAUAUAUACCUAGGUAAUCAAUCAAUUCACAAUGUCUUCCAAAAUAUCCAUUGCGAUAAUUGGCACACUCGAUACCAAACUGGAAGAAUUCCUAUACUUGAGAUCCCAGAUCCUCCAAUACGAUGCAUCGAUAAAUGUCAUCCUAAUCGAUGCGGGCCGGUCGGUGGUGGAGCAUGAAGCUAUAACCGUCCGGCAAGACGAUGUAUUAAAAGCGAGCGGGUUCCGAGGGGAUGGUAAUGCCCUGGAAUCGCUUCCAAGGGGCGAGCUAAUCAAAACCAUGAUUGGUGGGGCUACAGCUGUAGCGCAGCAGCUUCAGCGCCGUGAUGAGAUCCAGGCUAUAAUUAGUCUCGGCGGGAGUGGUGGGACUAGUCUUGCCUCUGCCGUCAUGCGGGAGCUCCCUGUGGCCUUCCCGAAAUUAAUUGUUUCUACUGUGGCCUCCAGCGACACAAGUUCUUAUGUCGGGGAAACAGAUAUCACUAUGAUGUAUAGCGUGGUUGAUAUCGCGGGCUUGAAUGAAGUACUUAGGGCGGUUGUGGGGAAUGCCGCAGCAGCUAUCGCCGGAAUGGCUAUGGCAUACGCCGACAAGACUAGGAAGGGAUUAAGUGAUACCAGCCCUACGAAGAAGGGCGUUGGAAUUACGAUGUUUGGUGUUACUACGAAAGGAGUAGAUGUAGCACGAAAAUGGUUAGAAAACCACGGCUACGAAGUCUAUGUGUUCCAUGCUACCGGUGCUGGUGGGCGGGCCAUGGAAAGGCUUUUAAGGGAAGGUCGACUUCACGGCGUCCUCGACCUAACGACUACGGAAUUGGCGGACGAAUUAGUUGGUGGGAUCUUUGCGUCGGAUGAGAGCAGAUUGACAGCAGCUGCCAAAGCUGGCGUGCCACAAAUUGUGAGUGUCGGUGCACUAGAUAUGGUAAAUUUCGGCCCUAAAGACACUGUACCCGCGCAAUUUCGGGACAGAACGCUCUUCGAACACAACCCAUCCGUGACUUUGAUGCGAACUACGCCGCAGGAAUGCGACGAGUUAGGACGAAGAAUAGCACGAAGGCUUAGGGAUAAUUGUAUUAAACCUGAGUCAACUGAGGUAUGGCUCCCGUUGCGAGGCAUUAGCGCAAUCGCCGUACAAGGUCAACCUUUCCACGACGAAGCAGCUGACGAAGCCUUAUUCACAUCUAUUAAAAUGGAGCUUCAAGGGGCAGGUAUAAAUGUUGUGGAGGUUCGUUCGGAUAUCAAUAACGCAGACUGGGCAGAAGAAGUGGCUGAAAGAUUACAUGAGUUCAUUGUAACGGAUGGAAACAGACAGAGAACAGAACUUAUGUUCGUUAAACUACCCCAGCGAUAGAUUCCUAAUCUGAACUCAUUGAGAAUCCUUAACUACUUCGGCAAGAAGUUUUCGAGCUCUCUCGGAUCUCGGCUUGAAAACCACGUCAAGUUUACCAGGGUGACUUGACAGACCCGUACUAAAUUGAAUCGUCUGCUCAAUUGGUUUCCCAUCUGGUCCAAUAGGCUUCGAUAUGUCCGUCGUAGCUAUAAGGGUCGCCAUCAUAAUCCAAACAGAUGCUUGUGCUAGAUGCCGCCCGACACAAACCCUUUCUAGAGUCAGACAUGCAAUUCCAGUUAUUAAAAUUGGCGAU